AUGCUGGCGAAUACACUCACACCUGCCUCUCGCUGCGUCUUCUCGGCGCCAUGGCGCUCCACACGGUCCAGCCUCCGCCUGGCGCGCAGCGUCCCUCAGCGGCCAGCCUCGAUCCUGCGGCUAAAAUCCACCUUGACCACCGUCGAACCCUCGCCCGACGCAGACAGAGAGGUACCCACACCUCUGCUCUUCCUCUCGGCGCCCAAAUGGACAUCUGAGCCCGCCUGCAAGCAACUCUACGCCAACUACGUCUCGGCCUCGUCGUCGCGCGGCUACCAGUCCCUGCUGCUCGAUCUUGACCCGGAAGUCGACCUGGCCAGCAUCAGGGACUCUUCGGCCCUCCUAGAACUCUUUGAGCAAGAAGCGGUCAGCACGCUCCGCUCAGCACAGGGCGGCUCACCCUUCCCGCCCGUCCUCGUCGCAAAGGGCCUCGCCGCCAUCAUUGCACAGGCCUACGUCUCCUCUCACCCGCUCUCGGCCCUCCAGCUCGUCGACCCGCCGCUCAACAACGCACUUCUCGCAAAGCAGCAUCCACACCUCCUCCCUUCCCCCCUCGACGAGUUCAAGUUCCACACACAGUUCCCCCUCCGCGUCGUGUGGAGCCAGCAGGAGCUGCAGCGCCACAAGGACCAGGGCAUCCCCUGGUACGAGAUCCACCGCAUCGAGCACCUCCGGGAAGAAGAGGCAGACGAGAGCCUCGACAGGUUCGUCUUUGCCGACGAGGAUCACGCCGUCAGCGACACCCUGACCUGGCUCGAGGACGAGGUCGGAGUGACAGGUGAAAGCGUUCCCGCGUCCGUGCAGAGCGAUGCAUCCGCGUUGAUCGCCUCGGACAACGUCGACCUCUUCGACGACAUCCAAGACGUCGGCGACCACGACGACCAUCUGGACGAAGCAUCGAGCGAGUCCGACCAAUUAGAAACGCAGGAGGAACCGAUAGACCCGUCGGACGGCGAUGCCGCUGCUACGACCAGCAGGGCAUCGAGGGCAGCGCCCAAGACGCUGCCGGCGUGGUUCAACGAGGGCAGCUACGUGCUGCAACCGCACUCGCGCAAGUACCCGCUCACGCUCGACGAGCGGCACCUCACGGAAUCCUUUAUCCGCGGCUCGGGCCCGGGCGGACAGGCCAUCAACAAGCUCUCGACAAACGUCCAGCUGGUCCACGUCCCCACUUCGACGCGCGUCACCUGCCAGGAGACGCGCUCGCGCCUGCGCAACCGCGAGCUGGCGCGGCGCAGGAUGAGCAGGAUCCUAGAGGACCUCGUCCGCCAGCAGGUCGGUGGUUCGAGCAGGAUCGAGAGAGAAGUCGAGACGCAGAGGAAGAGGAAGGCCAACAAGAAAAAGAAGCAGGGCAAGCGGAGGCGGGAGAGAGAGAGGGAAAAGGCCGAGGCGGGGACCGGGGCCGGGGCGGGGCCUGCGCAGCAUCAGGCCGACUGA